UGGCGGAUUUAAAAUGGCUUCGAAAUACCAAGUCGAGAGUUUAAACGAGGAGGUAGUUUGUCCCAUCUGCCUGGAUUUCUUCACCGAUCCAGUGUCACUGGAGUGCGGGCACAACUUCUGCCGCUCCUCUGUCACACAGAGUUGGGACAGGGAAGCGAGAAACUCCUGCCCGGAAUGUAGAGAGGCGUUUGUGGACCGCACCCUCAAAGUAAAUCGGGCCUUGAUUAGACUGUCUGAGAAAGCUCGAACGCUGAGCCUGAAUCUCAAAGAGAAGAAAAGUGAACAUCACUGCGAGAAACAUCAGGAAGAACUGAAGCUGUUUUGUGAAACACAUGAAAGUGAUUUGUCUGAUCUGUCGAGAUGCGCGGGAACACAAGUCUCACAGCUUCAUACCGAUAGAAGAAGCUGUUGAAAUCUACAAGGAACAGGUGAAAUCUUCCUUUGAAUCUCUGACAAAAAAGAAAUCAGAGAUCGAGCAAAUGGAGCAGGAACAGAAAGAGAAGAUUUCUGUUGUUCUGGAAGCGUCACACAACCUUCAGUCACAGACCACAUCCCAGUUCGCUGACCUGGUUAUUGAUGAAGCUAAACCAAUGUUGCUGGUAGAUGGUGCGUUACCCAUUGAAAAGUUUGCUCUCACUUUUUUCCACAAAAUGGCAUUGAGAGAAACAUCUGAUAUCAUCAAACGAGGUAAAACUGAUACCUCGUACCCGCAAACAGAUCCCUGUUGUCGGAUGGCUCAAAUCGUGGCAAGAUAG